AUGCCCGAUUCCCACACCAGUUCCGUCCAAGGCGGCACAGGCGCCACACCCACCCCCGCCAACAACGUAGGCGGAGGUGCAGACUGGGGCGAUCAGGGCCUCCAAGGAGAUUCCCACGAUCCCAAUGAACCCCGCCAAGGAUUUGGCCAUGUUGCUCCUCAUAACCCACGAGAGACAAUGGGAGAAACGCUUGGUCUGAAAGAACAGAAAGGCCACGCUAAAGACAAUUUCCUGCAGCGUGCAGACGAGGCUCGGGGAAUUGAGAAACCAACAAGUCUGCAUGGAGAGCCAACUUGUGCUACUGAAGAUCAUAGCUUCAUGGCCCAUAAGCCUGGUCACUCGGAUACUUUGCCUGGGUGGGAUACUAUGAAGAAUGUGCUUGGAGGUUUGGGUGGAAAUUCGAGCUAA